CCCCCUCCAGGCCUCGGGGACGCGCCGCCGCCUAUCCUUAGGCUGUGAGGGCCGGGCAGGCCCGGGCCCGGCUGUGCGUUGGGGCUGGAUCGGGUCCUAGCCCCCGGCCGCCCCGGGCCUUGGCCCACUCCGCCCGGCUGCCUGCAAGGGAAGCUGUGACAGGCGGGGGCGGGGGUCCGCCACUUCUGGGGCCUGGGUGGUUGGGUAGCUUGGUUGGGGCUGUUUCAUUUUUGUGUCCGUUCAAAGUCAGGCUGGCGGCGGGGGGUGCAGCAGCAGCAGCAGCAGCGUUAAGAAAGUGUCAUUGAAGUGCCAGUGACCCAUCCCCUGCUUUUGCCUCGGGGCGUUUCUAUGGGAGAGCAGGCACUUCAGUUCCACAAUGACUACUCAGAAAUUAUUUGAGAAGAGGAUCAGAAAUGAUUAGGGUUUGAUUUCUGAGGAAUACCUAAGAGCUGUGUAUUGCAGUAGUGUAGCUGAAGGUUAACAAUAUCAAGGAUGGAGAAAUCAAGUAAUGGGAUGACAUCAGAAAAAAAAUCAGAAGCAAAAUCAAGAAGAUUUUGUUGAUGGUGAGACCUACAUUGUUAGUCCAUGAAACAUUCAAGGGAAAUGGUGAAACUCACAUUAUUUUGGACACCUGAACAUAAACUAAACAAAACACUGUAGAAUUACCUGCAAGAAAUGUCUGCACAGCAGGAGACACGCAAGACACAACCAAGUCUUUUCCAGCUCUUAAUUUCUUAGAUGAUGCAUAUCCUGUUGUAAGAUGAUCCAGUUGGACAAAGUAUUAACCUCUCCUCCUAUAUGGAUCAACCUGCUAGUGAUGGUGAAGCUGGGAAAAGGCUACUCUAACCACAGCCAGGAUGAAUCGGCUGCCAGAUGAUGCAGAAAAUGCUCAGAGCAGCAGUCGGGGCUCCUGUCCUUCCUUGCAGGAUGUCCAUUCCAUCAACCCAGCGCAGCUGAUGGCAAGGAUUGAAUCAUAUGAAGGAAGAGAGAAGAAAGGCAUAUCAGAUGUCAGAAGGACUUUCUGUUUGUUUGUUACUUUUGACCUUUUAUUCGUAACCUUGCUGUGGAUAAUAGAGCUAAAUGUAAAUGGGGGCAUUGAGACUACCUUAGAAAAGGAAGUCCUGCAGUAUGACUACCAUUCUUCAUAUUUUGAUAUAUUUCUACUGGCAGUCUUUCGAUUUAACGUGUUAAUACUUGCAUAUGCAAUGUGCAGACUGCGCCAUUGGUGGGCAAUAGCUUUCACAACAGCAGUGACCAGUGCCUUUUUAUUAGCAAAAGUAAUUCUCUCAAAGUUGUUUUCCCAAGGUGCUUUUGGCUAUGUGCUGCCCAUUAUAUCCUUCAUACUUGCCUGGAUAGAAACCUGGUUCCUGGAUUUUAAAGUGUUACCACAAGAAGCAGAAGAAGAAAACAGGCUCUUGCUGGUGCAAGAUGCGUCUGAGCGAGCAGCUCUUCUUCAGCCAGGACAUCUCUCUGAUGGGCAGUUUUAUUCUCCUCCUGAAUCUGCAGCAGGAUCUGAUGAAGAAUCUGAAGAAAAACAGGAUAGUGAAAAACCAAUUGUAUAGCAACUAUGAGAGAUAACAGAGUGAAAAUCUGAAUCAAAGGCCAUUAGGGAAUUGCCUAUUUUGAAACUGUAAUGACAAUGUCUGCAGUUGACUUAUUGGUGGAACUGCUAACAAAAGAAUUUAUUUAUUAGCGAGGAAAGAGGAGUGAUUCCCGUGUACUGUAAUACCUCACAAAGUUGUUCUGUUCACAUAUAUAUAUUAGACUGCCUCAUGGCUGUUAUGAAAAAUUACUCAUCCAUAUUGUAUUCAGUGAUUCUUGAAGUUGAUCUUCUAACGACUAGGUAGCUACUAGAAAGUGUUGUGCUUGUGUAACUAAUCAGUAGACCUGGUAAUAUAUUGAAGUAACACUUCUGUAUGAUGGAAGUAUAUUUAAUGAUUGUUUGAAUUCACCAGAUAAAAUUUAUUUUACAUUGUUAAAUAUUUGUCUUGUUAAUUUUUACAUUUUCUUUUUUUUUAAACUCCAUGCUUUUUUUUAAUGGACUUAUGCACUCUUUGUAAAAUAAAGAAAAAUGUUAAUAAAAACAAUGUGACAUAUUGCGA